CCUCUGUAGCUUCGUCGCGGUUCGAGAGAACACAGUGAUUUAGCUGCUCCUACUGCUUUCAUAGCAAAUCCUGUUUCGCAGACGCUGUAAAGCUUUCAGUAUCAUCUCCGAGGAAUUAUUGUGGACUUCUGCAAGAUGCCACGCGGGAAAUCCCACCGUCGUGCACUCGCUGCUUCGCGCAGGGAGGCUGCGAAGAAGGCAGACACACAGAUGUUGGAGUAUCGCAGGGGGCUCCCCCCUGACUUUGUUGGAUGGGAGGGCACUGGGAUGCGCCACAGGGUUCGCAAAUGGCCUAUUUCUCCCCACACCAAUAGGCAGCACAAACUGGUCAUUCCAGCUGUUGCUCCUGGCAACAAGUUUGUUCUUGUGGUUGGAGACAGUCAUCUGCGUGCUUUCGCAGAUGACUUUGUGGCCAUCCCACCGGGAAUCCUCUCCUUUGGGUUCAUGUCUACUCCAGGCGCAUGUGCUGCUCAGCUGAGGACAGAGUUGGUGCAGGCUCCACUCCCGUGUGUUCCUGAUGUUGUCUGUGUCCUUGCUCCCAGCAAUAACCUCACCGCCAGCCGGACGUCUUGUGAGGCUGGGCAGGCCUUUCACGCCCUCCUCCGAAGUGCUUGUGAACUCUUUCCUGACGUGUUUGUCUUGGACUUUGUUCCACGUCUGACAGUUGCGCCUGACGUACAGGAAGCGUUUCGUCAUGAGUUCCACAGAGUGGCAGCAAGGAUAGGUCUCAAGUACUACUCCUAUUCUGACAAGUUCCCCCUGAACGAUCGCUCUCUGUGGAGCCGAGAUGGCAUCCACUUGAGUGACGACCACGGCAUGCUUGUCCUCACUGACGUGCUGUGGUAUGCUGCUUUGGAGCAUGUGCAGUCGUCAGCGGCUACCCAGCUGCAGCCUGCUGCUGUGCCGGCUCGUCCUGCAGUACCAUCUCCUCCUCGGGUCCGGCCACUUGUGGUUGUGCAUCAAGACGACCGUGUGCGUCGCCAGGAGAAACCUAAACCUCUUUCCGGAUGUUGA